AUGGAUAGAGCUAGUAUUGCUGGAGGACCGCUCGCUCGCUAUGCCAAUAACACAAUCGUCAAGAAUGAAAAAGAUAUUUUUCUCUUGGAGGAUUGGUGUGAACUGUCGCGAUCGACAGCACACAAGUGUCGGAGAUGCGAUACCUAUCCAAGGAACCCCGCCUCCAACUCCACUGCUCGCAAAGAUAAAGGAAAGAACAAUAAACCUUCAAACACGCAGGACUCUCAAUUCCGGUUCUGCCUAUUCGCUUACUUCAAAAGAUCAAAUAGUCGUGAUCGUUGUCAUGGCCAUCGUGUUCGUGGACCAUACGUCAGCCGUCUCCGUUCAGAAAGUCAAUAA